UUUUCUCUCUCUCUCGCUGGAACGUCAAGGGUGAGACUGUAAGUACUCAGCUUAGGCACAGAUCACCACUGGACAGGACAGAGAGUGGAGAGUGGAGAGAGGUAAAGAAGGGAAAAGUUUAAUACAGGUACAAGUAGAAGAAGAAUGGGCAACUAGGGCAUUAAACUGUAUUUUAGCACCCUGAAAGUCUCCUAAAAAAAGGGAAAGAAGUACAAUAGAAAAUAGAGUAGGUGUGAAGUAUGGGCUGUCCAGUUCUUUAUCUUAUUCUGCUGUCCUCACUACUGUGCCUCUCCGGGGUGCAGACUCAGGACUUGAGAGAACGGGAUGCACUCUGCAGGGAGGAUGGUUGCUUUGUGCUCCAUUUUCAGCGCAAGAUCUUCCUGGAGGCUUGGCGGAGCUGCAAGGAACACGGAGGGAACCUGGCCACCAUCAGGCAUCCAAAGGAAGCAGCAAUAGUGAAGGAGCUCUUCUCGAACAUGGAACUGAGACAACACCACAGAGGCAAGGCAAAUAUCUGGAUUGGCCUUCAGAGACAACCCCGACAAUGUUCACCCACCCGACCCCUGCGUGGCUUCUCUUGGGUCACUGGAGAUCAGGACACCCAGUACACCAACUGGCUACAAGAGGACUCCGCCAGUACCUGCUCAUCCCCACGUUGUGUGGUGAUGCCUUACAGCACUGCGGCCCAUGAGCAAGGGCAUAAUCUGAAAUGGAAGGACGGACCAUGUUCGAUUUCAGUGGACGGCUACCUUUGCAGGUACAACUUCCGAGGCAUGUGUACAGCUAUUGCUAGCGAGGGAGGUGGAAAUACACUGUAUAGUACCCCUUUUAACCUGCUGAGUACCCUCUUAACACAUAUCCCCUAUGGAUCGGUAGCAGCUGUACCUUGUCCUGCUAAAGAUGACCAGUCAGUUCUGUGCACACAAAAGGAAGAUGGAACUGUUGGUUGGAACAGGGAACCACCUUUUUGCUCUGAUACGGCUAAGACAAGCUGGUGCGAUAAAGACAACGGAGGUUGCCAUCACUUCUGCGUUGAGGAUGACUCACACUAUUAUUGUGAUUGCAAUGAUGGCUAUCUCCUGGCUGAGGAUGGGGUAAGUUGCUUUCCGUCUGACCCUUGCAAUGGGGCUCCAUGUGAGUUCGAGUGCUUGCGUGUGAUGGAUGGCUACCGCUGUGCUUGUCCUGAUGGCUACAUGCUGGCACCUGAUGAACGGGGCUGUGUAGAUGUCGAUGAAUGCCUACAGAGUCCCUGUGAGCAUGUCUGUGUAAAUGCUCCUGGAACCUUUGAGUGUCGCUGCCGUGAUGGUUACCAACAAGAUGAAGAGGGUGUCUGUGAAGAUGUAGAUGAGUGUUCAGACAACCCGUGUGAACAUGCGUGUGAGAACACAUUGGGCUCCCAUAUUUGCCACUGCCAUCUUGGUUUUGCCCCAUUACAAGAGGACCAGAGUAAAUGUCAUGACAUUGACGAAUGUCAAAUUGAAGGAACAUGUGAGCAGAUGUGCAUCAAUUAUGAUGGAGGCUUUGAGUGCUACUGUGAAGAAGGUUAUACUCUUCAAUCUGACCAAUAUUCCUGCAGGCCCGUUGGGGAGGACAUGGAGACUCUCUCAACCACUGUCUCCAACCCAUGGAUUACUCACAACCCCAUUUGGAAACCAGAGGAUCCUGCAUACCCAUGGCACCCUCCACCUGAUUCUGAUUGGAACUGGCAGACUGAGCUGCCCAAUGUGGAGACAGUUCCGACAGACCUGAUUUUGACAACUGAAGAGGAACCUGAAACUACUACACUGACUGAAAGCUCCCCUGAGGUCAUUAAUGUUAAUUUUGACCUUAAUCCAGAACAACCAGUUCAUAAUGCUUUUUUUCCACCAGCAACUCAGACGCCCACACCAGACUAUUAUGAGGAUGAGAGCACCACGGUUCCCACAGUCCUCCCUUCCUCCACAGCUUCAGGCGGCGCUUGGAAUUGGCUCUGGUUCAGCUCAACCCAAACAAAGCCUGAGACACAGGAAACUGCAAAGAACCCUCUCGACCUUUUUGGAGAAUAUGAGCUUUAUGAACAAGACCAUGAUAAUACUGACAUGUAUGAUGUUGAAUCAACCACCUUUGGUCCAGGGCAACAAACUUCUACCCUGUUCCCAAUGCAGUCACGAGGAAUAGAGGAGGUCAUUAUUGAUAAUGACAACAGCAGUAACCAGAGCCAAGGAACCAGCUGGUUGCUAAUCGGAUUGCUAGUGCCACUUUGCAUCUUCAUUGUGGUGAUGGUGGUCCUGGGCAUUAUCUAUUGUACACGCUACACAGUUAAACCACAGAACAAGAACACCAGUGAUUGCUAUCACUGGAUUGCUGGUGCUGGUGACAAAGCGGCUGCUGACAUAUCUGGCAGCGCAACUAAAUCCCAUGUUUAAGCAAGUAGGACUGUGACAGGACAGUGUGAAAUAUGUAAAUAAACUUUGUUUUGUAACUUCACAGUAGCGAGAGUUUCAAGAGGAAUUUGAUAAAUUGAGGGUAGCGCCCCAUCCUUUCCCUUUGACAUUUUUUAAUCCAUGAUUAUUUAUGGAUGUUUAUCUGGACUAUCUGCUAAGUGAGAAAUGGGAGGUGGGGGGCAAGAAGGAAUGACUCUAAAAACCACUGAGCCUCAUUCUCUGCUGUCCUCAAGAGGCAAUAAAAGUUCUUCUACUGUUGGUCACACUGAUCUUUUAGUUUGCGAAACAGUUGCUCAACAAUCACAUGGCAACUAAGAGAGCAUACUUAAUAGAUGAGGAUACUUGGUUGAGUAAUGUGGGUUAUUUAUUUUUUAUUUUGAAGGGAAUUUCCAUCUGAAUAGUUGUCAUUCAAAAAAGUCAUGUCUUAAAAAAUUUGUUCUGUAAGAAGCCAUAAUUUCAGUCCAUUUUGACAAUGUCAAGAUUUUUAUUCCCUGUUGUGAAUUCAGUCUGAUCCAGACAAAGAAAAAAGGCUUUCUAUCAUAUGUGUUAAAUGUUGUUUUAACCAAACUGUGCCUAACAUGUCUUGUAACAAGAAGAUUUGAAAAUGCUUUCUAAGCAUUGUGUGUUUAAUGACAGUAAUGAAAUCAGUCCUUUAGAGGUUAGCAUGCAUGUGGACAGUCUGGUCAUUAUGCCACACUGUGAGAGUGAAGUUAGACAUAUUUUAAAAGCAUUAUGAAAUGGCAAAACAAGCAGUAUGACAAGCAUGUACCAGUGGCCUUCCUUGAUCAUUUGCAGUAUUAUGUUUCGAUAUUCUUGAGGAUAUGUGAAGGUAAGGUACAGAUAAACUUGUUUAAACCACAAACCACCAAAUUUCCUGCUCUAACUACUACUUGAUUUAAAAAAAAAACUGUUUAUUAAAGUGCUCAAUAAGGUUUAAAAUAUUUGUGUCUUCAUUGUUUGAGACAAGCAAUAUUUGUUUUGUUUUUUUGAUGCUAUGGCUAAUGCAUUCCUACAGAGUCAAUAGGAAAGUUGUGGUUUAAUUUGUAGAAUAUGAUUUUUUUGUAAGGAUAAGAGUAAGGAUGUAAGGGUUUGCUCAGUUCUGUAAAAGUAACAGUGCCUCCAUCUUAUUCUUAAUUUGUCCUUUCAACACUUCUCAUCUCAUCUUUGCUUUCUUUUCUCCCUUGUUCCACAUGGAUACUGAGAGAUUUUCUGUGAUUGCUGGUGGUACUAUGAAAGUACAGAACACAUGUUCUGUACUCAGUACCAGCUGAUUAUCCAAUCAGAUCAAUCUGGCCAGACAUCAGAGAGCACCUUACUGUCAUGCAGUGUUGUGGAUAAUUAGUGUGCUCAGCCUUCACAUCAUCACAGGAAAAACACUCUGGUGUAAUCGCUUGAAAACUGACAGCUUCCUACAUGUUUUGCUGUUGUGGUUUCAGUUCAGUGUGACAUGUCUUUAGAUUCAUCUUUUGGUGGUCAGAAAGUUUGGGGGCAGUAAACAGUAAAUAAUAGUGAAUAAAUACUAUUCAGCAUGCAUGCUUUAAAUUGAUCAUAAAUGACAGUAAUGAUUUCAACAUUGUUACAAAAAUGAACAAAAAAAAUACAUUUUGUUCUUAUGAACUUUUUAUUCAUCAAAGAAAAAAUGCUUUGUGGUUUCCACAACAACUUUAAGCAGCACUGCUUAACUGUUUUCAACAUUUAUCAUAAUAAGAAUAAUGACAGAGAAUGAUGAUAAGUUUUCUGAGCACCAAAUAAGUACAUUAGAAUGGUUUCUGAAGGAUCAUGUGACACUGAAGACUGGAGGAAUGAUGCUUUGCAUAUAAAUUACAUUUUACAACAUGUUAAAAAUAGUUGUUGUUUUUUGAGAUAGUAUUUAAAUAAAUGCAGCCUUGGUGAACAGCAGUGUAUACAGUUACAUUGACUCUAAAAGAUUUUUAAUCAAAACUGACACAUUGGUUCUAUUACUCUUGACCAGGUGGUCUUAAAGUGUCCUUGCAGAGCAACUAGAAAGUGUCUGAAUACUUUUGACUAAAUUCUUAACACUUAUUCAGUGUUCCUCAUAUUCCCUAUGUUUUGGGGGCCAUGUGUCCCCACAAGGAUAAUAAUACCAGUAAAUUUUGACCUUGUGGGGACAUUUUUGGUGCCCAUAAAAAACAUUAUAAAUCAUACAGAAUAAUCUUUUUGAAAAUCUAAAAUAGCAGAACAUUUUGUUUGAGAGGUAGGGUUAGGGUAAAAGUAUAGAAAAUACAGUUUAUAAAGUAUACACCAUUACGUCUAUGAAGAGUCCCAAUAAAACAUGGGAACUCUAUGUGUGUGUGUGUGUGUGUGUGUGUGUGAGAGAGAGAGAGAGAGAGAGAGAGAGAGCCCUAUCUUGCUUGAAAGUAAAUGUUGUCUAUAAUUCAGUGGUAUUCAUACAUUUUUAUUUGUGACUUAAGUGUCCAUAUACUUUUGGGGUCACUGUACUUGUUUUUAAUUCUGUAACUGAUCAUAAGACUAGUGUUUAAAUGUUGUAAAAAACUAGUAUAAAAAGCAUUAUGGCUAAAUCUCAGUAUCUGAUACACAUACAGUAGUUGUCUUCAUGCAAAUUAAGAAAGCAUAUUUUAUUAUUUAUUGGGAACAAUUUAUACAAAACAAUUUUUAGCCACUGCUAGAAAUCAUUAUGCUUUCUUAAAGGCAUUUAACUAAUUCUUCAAAUAAUCACUUUAAAUAUUAUAAUUGACCUUCCAUUAUAAUUACUAAUGUCAGUUUAAUUUCAAAGGCUUGCUGAUUGUUUGUGUUUGCUUUGUGCCCUCAGGCACUCUCACAUUCAGCACAGUGAUAAGCAGCUGGGUAAAGAUUUCUUCAAAGGAAAAUGUUGGAGUAUAUCAUGGCCUCUCCUCAUUCCACAUUCCACAGAUGCCUCUUUUAAAUUCAGCAGUGCAUUAUUAGAGGGAAUGGACUGAUUUAUGUAAUGUAUUCCAAAGAUUGUUAGCUGUCACUGGCUUAGCUGUGUGUCUGUGUGUGGUUGAUUGCAUGCAUAACCAGUCUUACGCUCUCCUGCAUUUCUCGAUAAACAACCUGUCAGCUGUAUUAAUUAAGGAAGAAUUAUUAUUGGAGCAUUGUUUCUACAUUCCACGCAACCUAUAGGAUCCUAAGUCAUUUUAUGCCUCGUUUCCAGCACCUAUGGAGGCUGAUAUGGCUCAUUAAAAACGCCCUGUGAUUUCAGUCUGACAUUCCAUAUACUGUCAGACAUGGAAUAUUGGCAAAUGUGUUUGGCAUACCUUAGUUUGUUGGGACAGAGAGUACCAAAGUUUUAUUUAUUUAAUUUUCUAAGUAUAGAGAAACCUAGCAAUAUUUUUCACCUAGAAGUGACCCAGAUUCAAGUACUACCAUGUAUUAGAGGUUUAAAAUCGUGCAGAAGAAAAUAUUCAUGAUUUAUGUUGAGAUGUUUUCCUUCAUUCUGUUCAUUUUCCUUAUUCCAGUUUUUUUUUUUUUUUUUUUUUUUUUGGUUCAUAUCCGAAUGUUCAGUUCAGCUGUAGGACUUUCUGUAAACUUGCUGGCAGUUUGAACGAGUCACGUACAGGCGAGUCUUGGCCAUGCUGUAUGUGCCCAGUACAAGCAAAUCGUAGCAUGUAUCCUUAUGGACUCGCUUGGCUGCCCGCUCUUAUGUUUCUUCUAUGAUCAGUCAUGUGUGAAAAUGCAAUGUGUAUGAAAUUUAAGGAGUCCAAGUGUGAAGAGAAAGAAGCCUCUUGUAGCCAGGGAAUCUAAGAGAAGAUUGAGAUAUGAGUUUUGGGAAUUGUGAGUUUUGCAUUUCUAUGCCUAAUUACAGUAAUAUGGAGCCAGGCUGAAUAUCUCUGCACAACACCACAGACGCCUCAAACUGGGCUUUUCAUAUAUUAGGUUGGAAUCUUUGUUGUACUGCAUUCAGUAAAUUAUUCAGAAAAAAAAACAAAAAAAAAAAACAUUUUGGCAGAUACUUCCUUAACCAAAGGACUUUUAACACCAUGCAUUAUGUAUGUGAGUGUGUACUGUAAAUGCAGCAAUAAAGGGACUGCAGAAAUGA